GCCAAGCCUGUUAGAGUCUGCUGUUAAUCGAAUAGCAGACGGGUGGUCACUCACCGAGUACGCUCUGCCUUUUUGCUUCUUGGGGCCAAACUAAGAAAACAUCCAUAAAGAGUGCCCUCAUUUAAUACCUCUUAAAACUUAAACGUUGACGUUUAUUUUCGUUAUUACGAGCAUUUGUUCAUCAUGUACGGAAGGGACUCUCACGAAGAAAAAUCAGAGGAAGAAUACGAUGUCUUCGCCGAAGCGGAAAAGGAUAAGGUGGUCAAGACUUUCAGCAAAGAAUUCGCCAUUAGCCAAAUUAAAUGGAAUAAUAGGCAAGAUGGAGAACUAUUUGAAAGCUAUAAAGAACUAGUGCUCGUCGAUCCAACCGAAAACUCUGAGACAUCAACAGGAGCAGCAAAAAAAACUCUACAACAUCGGGCGCCACGUUUGAAUAGUAUUCCAGCCGGUGUCUUGUUUUCGUCACUUGCUUCUUCCAUGGCAUCGCAGGACACUUCAGUUCGGUCGGAUACGAAGAACGCUGCUAGUCACGCUGUCAUGUUUACAUCUGGCACUAAGGGUGGAGAAAUGGAUCCUGGGCACAAAAAGUUGGAUGCCGAAGCUCUCGCUUCCCAUUUUACAUCCGAACUGGGGUUGGAUAUGGAAACACGCAAUCGUUAUUUGAAGAAAUCAGCGUUCGGCAGGACGACAACCCAAUAAGACGCAAUACUCAGGCGCGCGAGAUUCUGCUUAUGGUGCCAUUUAGUAGUAAGAAACUGAGUCAAAUGAAUGCAUUCUAAAACCCAGCGUCAAUGCUGAAGAUCAUUAAAAUGAUGGGACUUUCCCA